AUGUUCCCCUUUGCUGUACCAUAUCCUCCAGAACAAAUAAAUGGGUUCUGGGGGAUUCCCACCUCCACCAUUGAUUGGUGUGAAGAAAACUACGUGGUAUCAACAUACAUUGCUGAGGCAUUGAACACCGUCACCAACUCAGUCUUCAUAGUACUCGCACUGUUUGCCAUAGUCAAAGCUUAUACCAAUAAAUUAGAACCAAGAUUCAUAUUUAGUGCCUUGGGGUUCUUAUUGGUGGGUAUAGGUUCAUGGCUCUUCCAUAUGACCUUGAGAUACGAGUUCCAACUUUUAGAUGAACUACCAAUGAUCUAUGCCACUUGUAUACCCUUUUGGUCGGUGUUUAGUGAGUUUAAAACCAAAUCUCAAUCGUUAUUAGUGGCCUUGGGAAUCUUCACGGCUGCCAAUACUUUAACAUUGGUGUACUUAUACUGGAAAGACCCCACUAUCCAUCAAGCAGGUUAUGCUCUCUUAAAUGUAGGGAUCAUCUUAAGAUCAAUCGGCCUUACUCAAAAACACGUCUUUGAUCCAGUUGCUAAAAGACAAUUGUUCCGUACAAUGGUCUCGGGUGUAGCCAUCUUUUUGUUGGGAUACUUUUUAUGGAAUAUGGACAUUCAUUUCUGUCAUCAUGUCCGUUCUGCUAGACGAUCCAUUGGUAUGCCUUAUGGAUUUGUGUUGGAAGGACAUGGCUGGUGGCAUAUUUUCACCGGUACCGGAGUCUAUUUCUAUUUGGUGUAUGAAGAAUACUUGAGAUGUUUUCUUCAAGGAACAGACAAAUUCUAUGCUUUCAAAUGGGCCUAUGGUUUACCUUAUAUUUCAUUGGUAGACAAGCAUGGAUUGGAAAGAGCAAGAGCCAUCAAGACUUUGGCAGACCUCGAUAAAGAGUAUUUGGAUCAGCAAGCAAAGUUGAUAUCAAUUGACUCGAAAAAGAUUCAAUGA